UAUAAAUUUAAAAAUGGGUGCUAAUUCUUCUUAGAGUGAGAAGUUUGUGCAAGAGUUCCAAAGACAAUGCGUAAAGGUGAGAGAGUUAAAAGACUUGCGUUUUGGAGAUGUUCAGAUUUACAGAACUCAACAGAAUACUUUCAUUAUGGUCAAAAGCAUCUGGUGUAACAAUUCAUCAGAAUAUGACGCAUCCAUAAGUAAUAUUAAAUUAAUUCAUUUAGGCAAUUGUGAAAAGAGAUCCAAGAUUCAACAUUAAAAUUUGGUCAAACUCUUAGGAUAUCAUUCAAAUUCAUAAAAUUAAUGGUGUGGAGAUUUUUCAAAAAUUACUGUAUAUUUGGAAUUCUUUGACUACACUCUAGAAAAGUCUAUUGAAACAAGAAGACAAACCAAUCAAUACUUUACUGAAGCCGAGCUAUGGAAAAUGCUAUUCACUAUUGCUAAAUUGGGAAUCUAUCUUGAAGAAUAAAACAAAGUUCUUGGAGACAUCAGACCCUGCAACAUUCAAUUGUCAGAUGAUUUGAAAAUGGCUGUAAGUAUUAUCCUUAAUUCUUUAUAGGAAUUAGGCAUAUUGAAACCAGAUCAAACAGGUUAUUAAAGAUAAAUUAAUAAUCAAGAAAUAGCAUAUUUAAGUCCAGAACAACUAUAUUCACUCAAUAAUACUUCAAUAACAGCCAAAUCUGAUGUCUUCUCUUUGGGUGUCACCAUGCUAGAAUGCUCAACUCUAAUGAGUGGAAAGAAUCUCUAUAAAUCUAAUAGAAUUGAUGGCCAUCUCCUUUAACAAUUAUUAGAAACUGUCAAAUAACUAGGGUAUUCAAAUCCUUGGUACAGAAUGGUCAGAGAGUUAUUAAAGGAAUAGCCUGAUGAAAGACCCUCAUAUUAAGAUAUUUAUGUAAUUUCAAUUUUUAUAUUCAGGAUGCCCUCAAAUAAUUUGAAGUUCAGAUUCUGAAUCUCCAACCCUUUUCCCUUUUAUACUAACAACCUCCAUUACCAUAAUAAUCAAUAUCACCUUAUAGACCACAACAUUAACAAUAUUCAUAAUAAAAUCCUCCUUCACAUCUAUAAUAAUAACAGCAUACUUCACUUCCCAUGUAAUUUUAAUAAUUCCAACAACAAUAAUAAUAGCCAUAACAAUAAUAACAAAUAGUUUAACCUUAACAGAUACAGUCUUUGCCUUAAUAACCACCUUAUUAAUACCAAUAAUAAGUGCUACCUUCACAAUAACCAAUUUUAGCAUCUUAAUUACCUUCUUAAUAGCCGUAAUAAUAAUAACCAAUACCCUAAAAUUAAUUUCCUCCAUAGCAAUCUUAUUUGUACUCAUAUCAAUAACAACAACCUUAUCUAAAUGAAUUAGCAAAUGCUUAGUCAAAUUAUUUUGUAUAAUAACCAUAACACCAUGUACCUUAAUAGAUAGAGUAGUCCCCAUAUCACACACUAUAGUCCCCUUAAAAUAUGACAUCAACAAUGUAUUAUCAAGAAGAAGAGUAAGAUGAUGGAUUGAAUGAAAUUGACAGAAAGAUUCAAUAAGCAUUGAAAAUGACUAGGGAUACUGAAAUGAGAAAUAAAUAAACACCGAAUUACUAUUGA